CUCCUUCAUGCAGCAUGGCCCAUCUCGUGUUUGUGCCUUCUAUCCUUUCUAACACGUUCGCAAGGAAUGGCACGGGAGGUUGCUUGAUACAACUACAGCUGUUAUCAUCGAACUGGGCUCACUUGUGAAUCAACAUGGUGUGGCUUAUUUGAACGGGCUCGCAAACUUGGAGUAGUGAGAAAGCCAGUGUUACUAUCCUCUGGCACCCAGCUUGCCUCUCGAACCGGCGAUUCUGCAUACAGGCGCCUGCCUGUCGAUUGGGUCUACCCUUUAUCGACGAAGAGCUUAGUCGAUAGCGCUCGAGCUUCGUGUAAUCGUUAGCACUCUGCACCAUCGCUGCGCCGCGCUCGGAGACCCAACUCGGCGAGCGACAUCACCUUAACGACAUUUCAGACGGCCCCGUAUUGCAUUGCGCAAGAGACGCAUAGGGAACAGGUACAUCCACCCGGACCAUCUCCACCGUUCCUCGUCUCUGCAAGUUAAUUUGUCGCGAUGAGCAGCAUGAGCAACAAAAGCAAUCAAAGCGGUGCCGCAGCCGGUGCUUCCAGGCAUCCCGCGACUCCACAACACGUCUCGUCCCAAGCCCCUGCGACAGCAGCAGCCGCAGGGCCUGACGAGCAGAUGUCGCUCAGCUCUACCCCCACGCAAUCUCAGGUCCUCCCGUCUGGCUCGACACUCAGCGCUCAGUCCAGCGCCAGCAUGAUCGGCGGCGCUGGUGCUAGCGGCGCUAUCCAUGGAGGAACCGGGACGCUCAAGGCACCUCACAACGUCAAUACCUCCUUCGUUGGCAGCAGCAAUCCGUCCUCGCAGUCCCAGUCGGUCGAGGCAAGUCCCGUUGCGGAAAAACCUAGAAGCGCGCCGCCGUUCCAGCAGCAGCAGCAACACCGCGCCGAGCUCUCGUCGGCUAGUAUGAGCGCCAACAGUACCGCCGAUGGAAGCCAGCAAAGUACCAUUAGCAGCAGUGUUCUUCCGCGCUCUGCCGGUUACGCGCAGCGUGCAAGCACCAUCCGUCAACCACAGCCGCAAUCAUCACAGCAGCAGCAACAACGAGCGUACUCCCUCGCCGGUGCCCCAUCCGACUUUGAGACUAUAUCGGGCAUGUCGGCGUCGUCCGAGUUCGACUCGGGUGACGAGGAUGCCGAUCUUGAGGACGCGCGCAGCGUGUCGGCCGGCACUUCGCGAGCAGGAGGUGGUGGAGUAGGAGGGCGAUCUGUCGGCGGGGGUGCCGGAGCUGCGGGUGCGCCUGCUAGCAGCAGGCCGGGGAGACCCUUGGCGAAGAAUUUUGGCCAAUCUUACAAUGUAGCGGGGGGAGUGCGCAGUGGCAGCGUAUCCGGCUUGACGACUGGCGGCGGUAGCGGCGGAGGAGCCGCUGCUCCUGCUGCUUCUACUACUGCUAGUCGUCGUGCCUCUGCAGCCGCUAACCAGCGGAGAGACGUCAGCAGAAAGUAUCGUCAGUACAACAACCACGGCCACAACGACGAUGAUGAUGACCGCUUCGGCCCGCUCGACGUCGAGGACGACGAGGUGCACCCGCGCGACCUCGGCGAGGAGCUAGUCAAGCGACGUAUGAAGGCGCGGCAGCGUGAAAAGGCGCUGAAGAAGAAAAAGAAGGCGGAGGAGGAAGAGCAGCAGCUGUUAGCUAAACAUCGAGCAUCUGUACAACUGCAGCAAGGCGGAGCGCAGUGCAUGCCGCCCAGCAGCCCGCUCCUCGCGAACCGCUCGUCAACGGGAACUUUCCCUUCCUCUGCGCCGCUCUCACCGGGAGGCGGCGCAACUGCUUCGACCGCAGCCCUCGAACGUGAAGGCAGGCCGAUGCACAUCAGCAUACCCAGCAGCAUCGCGCACUCGGACGCCAUGUCCAGCUCGGGCGUGGGUGCCUUGCUCUCGCCUGGCUCGCAGGCGCAAAUCAGCCCCGGCGCCAUUCGCAGCGUCUCUGCGGCGGCGGCUGUUCCGGCGUACAAUGUCUACCCCAGUCCACACGGACACAUACGCCGGCCUGGCUCGAUCCAGAACCUCGCCUCGGCGUACCCGCAAGGUGGAUACCCCCUCGGUGGCAGCGCUGGUGCCAGCGGUGCCGGUAGUAGAAAUAGCGGUACGAGCUACAGCGCACAGAGCAGUGCACACCAGUUGCAAGCGCACUCGAUCGCGCACUCGCACUCCCGGUCCGCCUCUUCCAGUCAUGGAGGCACAGUCGUUCUUGGCAGCGGCAGUGGACGCACCGGCAAUGUCGUGGGCGGCGGGCAGCAUUCCGAAGCCGGCGGUUCCACCUCGAUGCAUGAUGUCUUUUCCGACGACGGGCGUACUCAUUCUGAGCUCCGCAACGCGUUUAGCGAGCAGCAGGGACAUCAUACGUCGUACUACGGCGGCGAGGCCGAGGAGGACUACUUUGAUGAGCGCCGCGACGCGCUCGCUGGGUUGGCGCACGAGCGCAGUGUCCGAGGCGAUGGGCUACGCGCUGCUGACUUGACGCUUGAGGGCGAUGUCGAUGCUGGUAGUGAGUACGACAACCCGCACCAUCCGGUCCUCUUCGACGACGGCGUCGAUGAUGGCGAGAGUCCGAUCCAAGGCGGAGAGGGGCACAGCAGCGGCGACGGCGAAGACACCAGGUCUGGAGGCGGGGACGAGGAUAUCAACCCGGACGACGUCGAGUACACUUUGAAAGAUCGUCAGGACGCCAUCAACAUUGAGCAUCCCUUUGGUCUGCCGAUCUGGAAGCCGGCGCUGUACAAGAAGAGCCGCAGCGUGACGCGCAAUGCCGAGACAGCACUUCACUCAAUGCCGAGUGCCGCCGCCGAGCGCCACCUGCUCCCCGGCAACAUCCUUUGGACCGUCCUGUUCGGCAGCUGGCUCAGCAUCCUAUCCUUCAUGCUCAGCAUCUUCCUCAACUUUAUUCCCAAUGGGGGUAGCAAGUAUGCACGUGUGCUCUGGGAGCUGGGCAGCUACAUCUUCUGGCCGUUCGGCAAGUAUGUCGAGGUCGAGCUCUCGACGCUGAGCGGCCAGCACGACUCAUAUGUUGGCGCCAUACCGGCGGGCAUCGGUGGGUUCCACGGCGACAGCGGUGCGUUUGACGCGAUGACGACGGCUGGCAACACCGGCUACACCCCGGAACCCGCUGAUGCCGAUUGCGAUGGCACGUACGAAAACGCUUUUACUCCCGUCGCCGCGCGUUUCCCGCACGACCACACGCAUCAGGUCCCGUUUAACAGCCGCCCGGAGCGUGCGCGGAGCCAGCCACCGCAAGAACAGCCGGCCGAGAGCGGCUCCUCCAACUCGAACGAGGGCCGGCACUCUACGCCGCGCCAGUCGGAAGGCGAGUCGAGCAACACUUCGCACACCGCGACGCAGGCGCUGGACGAAAGCACGCCGCUGGUGCUCGUCAAGGGUAAAGGCAACGCUGCUGGCUAUGGCACCAUUGAGGAUGGAGUGGCCUCAUCCGGAGCACUCGAAGACGAGGCGGCCCGUAUCGCUCGAGAGCAAGAUGUCUAUGGAUAUGUCUAUGAUGACGCUGGAAACGACGUUUUUGCUCGCCAGCGCUACCUCGGACGCAUCGCUUACGGCAUCGCCUAUUGGCUGCUCGUCGCGCCACUCAUGGGUGCUGUCUGCUUGCUCUGCUGGGGCGGCGUCUUCAGCGUGCCGAUGGGUAAGCUGACGUGGGUGCUCCUCAAGAAUCUCGCUGCGCAGCCCCUUGCGCUGCACUUCCGCAGUGCACUGUUCAACACUACCGCUGCCAAGGUCAACGAGCAAGGCGACGUCGAUGAGGAAGGUCCUGAUCUCUCGGGGGACCGCAAGAAGGCCGCGCUGCGUCUGCUGCAGCCUCUCAGGCCCGGCCAGCUGGCACCCCGCAGCAAGUCUUUUACCGGCACGGGUGCUGCACACCGGCGCAGCAAGAUCCUACUCUGCACGUACCGCGCUGUCGGUGCACAGUACUACAAGUACACGGUUGGCGGCGUCAACAUCCUCUUUGUCAACACCAUCCCGCUUGUUUUCUUCACCAUCUUCGACUUUUUCUUCCUCGAACCGUACGUCGAGCACCACCAUGCUACCGGCCUGCUCGCACUGAUUGCGAGCCAGGGCGUCAUCUUCAUGAUGGCGCUUGGAAGCGUCAUUCCGCUCUCGUACUUCAUCGGCAUGGCGGUCGCAUCUAUCUCGGCCCAGUCAUCAAUCGGCAUGGGUGCAGUGAUCAACGCCACGUUCGGGUCUAUCAUCGAGAUCAUCCUCUAUAGCAUCGCCCUCACCCAAAACAAAGCCAAGCUUGUGGAAGGGUCAAUCAUUGGGUCCAUCCUUGCGGGCGUCUUGCUCAUGCCGGGCCUCUCUAUGUGCUCUGGCGCAACAAGGAGAAAGGAGCAGCGUUUCAAUGCCCGCUCAGCUGGUGUCACUAGCACGAUGCUCAUUAUGGCAAUCAUUGGUAUCUUGACGCCCACGCUCUUCUACCAGAUUUACGGCACUUUCCAGUUGACUUGCGAAGGCUGUCCUCAGGACAGAGCUGCAGGAGAGACGUGGACCUGCAGGAGAUGCUUCUAUGAGCACGUUCCGCCGGCAACGGACCCAUUCUUCCAGUCUAGCGUCAAGGGCUUGAUUUACACGUGCACUGUCAUUCUCGUGCUCUCGUAUGCUAUCGGCCUUUGGUUUAGUCUACGCACACAUGCGUCGCAGAUCUGGCAGAAUCCGCAGCCGCAACAUCACUCGCACACUUCAGCUGCCAAUGCGGUUCCAGCACCGAUCAUGGGCGCUUCCGACAUGGUCAACCUUCCGUCAGCACAGCGUUCGAGUAUAUACAAGCGCAUCAUCCCUGCCAGCGUCUACCAGCAGUUGCUGCCAACCUCGCAGCGGCCGCGCAGCCAGAGCAGCCAAGGCGCUACGAUCAAAAGCGCAAGCGGUGGACGUCGCGCCUCGACUGCUGCUGAUGGCAACCACCCGUCGUCGCUCCAUCUUCCUGAGCGCUUCAGCGAGGAGGACUAUGCGCGUGCUGUUGCCCUGACAGCAAGCGCAUUCCAAAGCGCCAUGGAUCAGCAGCAGCAGCCACCGCAGUCUGUCAAUCAGGCCAUGCCCCGUAGUGCCGCGUUGCCACGCCAGUCGAUGCACGAGGCGGAGGAAGACGAGGGUGGCAAUGGUGGACAUGACGCCCCGUCAUGGUCUAGGCAGACAUCCGUCUCUGUGCUGCUCGCAUGCACGGUGCUGUACGCCAUCAUUGCCGAGGUUCUCGUCGACGUGGUGGAUGUUGUCCUCGACGGUUCUGGGAUCGACGAAAAGUUCCUUGGCAUCACGCUUUUUGCGUUGGUGCCGAAUACGACCGAGUUUAUGAACGCCAUGUCCUUCGCCAUCAAUGGUAACAUUGCCCUAUCCAUGGAGAUCGGAAGUGCCUAUGCGCUGCAAGUUUGCCUGAUUCAGAUUCCCGCCAUGGUCAUCUUCAGUGGCUACUACAAUGCGACGCGCGACUUCCCUGACAGCGCCAUCCACCGCACGUUCACGCUUAUCUUCCCUCGAUGGGAUGUGAUCGCGAUCAUCUUCUCCGUCUUCCUGCUGACAUACACGUACAUCGAGGCGCGUAGCAACUAUUACCGAGGAAGCAUCUGUGUCCUGUCUUACUUGGUACUUGUUGCCGGCUUCUUUUACGCGCCGGCGACUGGAGACCUCGAAAUGCCGCCCGAGACGCCCAACGUGCUCAGCUUCAUGAGCUUCAACGUCGCAAGUGGAGCGUUCGGCGCAGCACCGACCCCAUCUUCACUCGCCGGAAAUUCCGCUUUUGGCGGCCUUAAGCAAUACACUGAGGUUCCGACACUGCACGGCCUUGCCUGGCUCGGCGCGCUUUUUGAUAGCCUGUUCGCGCGCUAGAGCUGCAGAUGCUAUAGCAACAAAGCAUAAAUCUCACCAUCCGAAACCAAUAACGACACAGAAAGCAUACAAAGAUCAGCGCGUUCUUUCCCUUUAGAAACCUGCUCAUGUUAUGCCAUAUCACUUACGAUAUUUGAAUACCUUUCAUGACCAGCCUCUGUACGUGCAACUAUGUGUGCGUGUCGCGCAUAUCAGCGCUAAGCGGCGUC